AUGGGGACAGCACCGCCGACAGCCAGUGCCAGCACAGCCAGCUCAGAACUGUCUUCACUGUCAGAGAACAUCAAUAAUGCCGCUGACAUCUCUGUCAUUGUCAUCUACUUUGUGGUGGUGAUAGCUGUUGGAGUGUGGCCACAACUCGUCAUUGCAAGGCUGAUCAUUGAUGCAAUACUCAUAUAUAUAGAAGUGCCAGGGCUUGUAAUGGAGACAGCACCGCCGACAGCCAUGGCCAGCACAGCCAGCUCCAGUGCCAGCGCUGCCAGCUCCAGUGCCAGCACUGCCAGCUCAGAACUGUCUGCACUGUCAGAGAACAUCAAUAAUGCUGCUGACAUCUCUGUCAUUGUCAUCUACUUUGUGGUGGUGAUAGCUGUUGGAGUGUGGGUGGUGACCACGACAGAGUACCUCAGGAAGCGGUUUGGUGGACAGCGGCUCCAGAUCUACCUCUCAGUUCUCUACCUCUUCAUCUGUGUGAUUUUGAGGAUCUCGGCAAACAUAUUUUCUGGAGCCAUAUUCAUAAAGCUGGCCUUUGGGUUGGACCUUUACCUGUCGAUCUUCGUCCUUUUGGCUAUCACUGCUGUUUUCACAAUCACCGGGGGCUUGGCAUCUGUGAUUUACACAGAUACCCUCCAGGCCGUUAUCAUGCUGGCUGGAUCUUUCAUCCUCAUGGUGUUUGCAUUUAUUGAAGUUGGAGGCUAUGAAAAUUUUACAGAAAAGUACAUGAACGCCAUCCCUUCUGUCAUCGAGGGGGACAACCUGACGAUCAGCCCAAGCUGCUACACUCCUCGGCCAGACUCCUUCCACAUCUUCCGAGACGCUGUCACUGGAGACAUUCCAUGGCCGGGAACUAUAUUUGGAAUGGUUACUACGGGCAUGUGGUACUGGUGCACAGACCAGGUCAUUGUGCAGCGCUGCAUAUGUGGUAAGAAUAUGUCCCACGUGAAGGCUGCCUGCAUCGUGUGUGGGUACCUGAAGCUGCUGCCCAUAUUCUUCAUGGUAAUGCCAGGGAUGAUCAGCCGCAUUCUGUACACAGAUAUGGUGGCCUGUGUUUUGCCUUCGGAGUGUGUAAAACAGUGUGGUGUUGACAUCGGUUGCACUAACUAUGCCUACCCGAUGUUGGUGCUGAAACUGAUGCCCAUGGGACUUCGAGGCCUGAUGCUGUCAGUCAUGGUGGCCUCCCUCAUAAGCUCCCUGACCUCCAUAUUCAACAGUGCCAGCACCCUCUUUACCCUGGACCUCUACACCAAGAUGAGGAAGAAGGCAUCUGAGAGAAAGCUCCUGAUAGCUGGACGGCUGUUUGUCACUGUGUUAAUUGUCACCAGUAUCUUGUGGGUCCCGAUAGUACAAGUAUCUCAAGGUGGACAGCUGAUCCAUUAUACAGAAUCAAUUUCUAGCUACCUUGGGCCUCCCAUUGCAGCUGUCUUUCUGCUCGCCAUCUUCUGUAAAAGAGUCAAUGAACAAGGAGCAUUCUGGGGUCUGAUGGUUGGACUCGUGAUGGGCCUUAUCCGUAUGAUUGCAGAGUUUUCUUAUGGGACCGGGAGUUGCCUGGCUGCCAGUAACUGUCCCAAGAUCAUCUGUGGAGUGCACUAUCUGUAUUAUGGCAUAAUUCUCUUUUCCGUGUCUGUGUUGGUUAUCCUGGGAAUCUCAUUCUUAACAAAACCCAUUCCUGAUGUACACAUGAGUGAUCUGUAUCGCCUGUGCUGGACUCUUCGGAACAGUGAGGAGGAAAGAAUUGAUUUGGAUGCAGAAGAAAAAAGGGACGAAGGAGCUGAUGAUGGCACUGAAGACGACCAAACUGAGAAACCCCGUGGAUGUCUCAAGAAGACUUAUGACUUAUUCUGCGGUUUGCAAAAAACAGGACCCAAGCUGACUAAAGAAGAGGAAGAGGUCCUGAAGAAGAAACUCACAGACACAUCAGAGGAGCCCUUCUGGAGGAAUGUCGUGAACACCAAUGUCAUUGUCCUCCUGGCUGUGGCAGUUUUUUUCUAUGGCUAUUUUGGCUGAACUCUAUCUCAUCCACAAAAAUAUUGAUUAAGCAAA